AUGGUUGAAAAUUUCGUUGAUGAGAAAAAAGUUGAUCUUCAACAAACAACUUCAUUAGAUUCACCAAAACAUAUUCAAGAUGAAAUUGAAUCCAAUGAAUCACAUCAAACUCUUGAUGAACAUGUAAUUGAUGAUAAUGCUUCUUCACUAAAUCAAAAAGUUUAUCAUUCUCGUGGUGUUCAAAGAGCUGAAAAUGUUAAAGUUUUAAUGGAUACUUCAAAACAAGGUAAAUGGUUUAGAAUUUCCUUAGCACUAUCACUAUUAAUCUGUGCUUGGGUUUAUUCAUUGGAUCGCUCAACAACAUCCAGCUAUUCCCCAUAUGCGACAUCAUCAUUUGGCCAUCAUUCUAUGAUUUCAACUCUAAAAAUUGCAACUUCAAUCAUGUCAUCAGUUUCCCAACCAAUGUUGGCGAAAUUUUCUGAUGUUACUUCAAGACCAAUCACUUAUAUCUUGGUGCUGGUGCUUUAUAUGAUGGGUUAUAUCAUUGUUGCUGCUUCCAAAACAAUCAGUGCUUAUGUUAUUGGUGAAGUAUUUGUUACAAUUGGUGGUACUGGUAUUACAUUGAUGAACUCAAUCAUUGCCGCUGACUUAACACCUUUAAAAUAUAGAGGUUUAUUAUUUGGAAUCUUGGUCUCGCCAUACUUAAUCACAACAUGGUUUGCCGGUUUAAUUGUGGAAGCUAUCUUAGGAAAAGGCAAUUGGAGAUGGGGGUAUGGUAUGUUUGCCAUUAUUAUGCCUGUUGCAAUUUCUCCAACUAUUUUCAUUAUGAUUUGGCUAGACAAUAAAGCUGCUAAGUUAGCUGAGGAGAAUAUCAAGAUAAAAGCUUCUGAAACUUUAGAAAAACCGAAAACGUUCCAUUUUAGAGAAUUAUCCACAAAUCAGAAAUUUCAGUUUUUAUGGCAACAAUCUCUUGAAAUUGAUCUUUUUGGAUUGAUAUUGAUGGGAUUCGGUUGGUCUCUUUUGUUAUUACCUUUCUCAUUGUAUCAAGGAGCUGAGAAUCAAUGGAAGAAUCCUUCAAUUAUCGCAAUGAUUGCUGUUGGUGCAAUUUUGUUAAUUCUUUAUACCAUUUAUGAGUUUUGGUUUGCUCCAUUCCCAUCAAUGCCAAAGAGAGUCUUAUUGAAUAGAACAUUCAUGACUGCUGUUUUUAUUGAUUUCUUUUAUAUGUUUGCAGGUUAUAUUAAGAUGCUUUAUUUUUCAUCCUAUGUUUGGGUUAUCAAAGAAUAUUCAUAUCAAAAUUGGACUUAUUUCAAUAAUACACUAACAAUGUCAUUAUGCUUUUUUGGUGUUGUUGUGGGUGUUAUUCAGAGAUAUACACAUAGAACCAAAUACUUACAAGUUUUCGGUCUUACUAUACAGUUAAUCUCGAUGGGUAUUACACUUUGGGCAAGAAAUGAUCAUGCAUCUACUGGUGCAUUAGUUUGGACUGAGAUUUUAUUAGGUAUUGGUGGUGCUUGUUCAAGUGUUGGUUCACAAGUUGCAUCACAAGCUUCCGUUCCUCAUCAAGAUACUGCAUUAGUCAUUUCUUUACUACUUCAGUGGUCUUCUAUUGGUGGUGCUAUUGGCUCUGCUGUUUCAAGUGCUAUAUGGCAAGGUAAAAUGCCUGGUAAUUUAAGAAAAUUUAUGCCAUCUUCUGUUUCUGAUGAAGAAGUUUUGACAUUAUUUGGUUCAAUAACUUCAAUUCGCACAUAUGCAUAUGAUUCACCAGAGAGACAAGGUGCUAUAAAAGCUUAUUUUGAUACUGCUUAUUACCUUUUUAUUGUUUCUUUAGUAGUCACUGCUAUUCCAUUUAUCGCUUCAUUGUUUCAAAAAAAUUUCUACUUGGGUGAUACACAAAAUGCUGUUGAAUUCAAAUUAUCUGAACAAAAGAGAAGAGACGAUGGUAAACCAAAACCAUUUUGGAGAAAGAUUACUGAUUUCUUAGAUGAGCCUUUUCAAAAAUCAUAG